GCGCAUCACGUCCGCAUACGGUCAACUUACCAGUUCUGAGGGUACCUAUGCCACUACAAGACCACCAAAGAGAUUCUAAUGGUGAAGCAGAAAUCUACGAACUCGGUGAAAACGGAAGCAUUAUAGAUACCCAAUCCUGCACUCCCGAAUACACAAAACGAUACGUCGAUGGUAGCACAAUUGACUGGUUCUAUGAAGAUUUCAAGGAACAAGAGAGGGAAGAGAGUCAGAGGUCACUGCGAGGAGCGCGUGGAAUCCUCGUGCCGUUUUUUGAUUCGAUGAGGAUGUGGUUAGUGGUCGUUGGGACAGGAAUCGGAAUUGGAUUAAUUGGUGCUUGGUUGGAUGUUCUGGUGAAAUGGCUUUCGGAUCUACGUGUAGGAAGAUGUACAGUGGGAUUCUUCUACAAUUCUGUCAGCUGUUGUAGCGGCUUAAAGCCUGGAGAAUGCAUGGAGUGGCAGUCGUGGAGCGAAUACCUCGAAGUGAAACACAUUUUUGCCGAAUCGUUCCUGCAAAUCUCAAUUUACGUCUCGUUAGCCAUCGCGUUGGCAGGAAGUUCGGCCAUACUGGUGAAAAUCUAUGCGCCUUAUGCAUUUCAUACAGGGAUCCCGGAAAUCAAAGCUAUUCUACGUGGCUACGUUCUCGAUGCCUUUUUGACACCCUGGACGCUUUUGAUAAAGGCCAUUGGGCUAGCACUCUCGGUGUCAUCCGGAUUGUCGUUAGGAAAAGAGGGUCCUCUUAUACAUGUCGCAUGCUGUCUAACUUUCCUGCUCACGAGUUUUUUCAAACAAUUUGAACGUAGUGAAGGUCAAAAACGUAAAUUAUUAGCAGCGUCGGCUGCAGCGGGAGUCUCCGUGGCGUUUGGAAGUCCGUUGGGUGGUGUUAUCUUCAUUCUUGAAGAACUAGACUCCUUCGCUAAUGAUUCGGACGUUAUGUGGAGGGGUUUUGUGGCUUCAGCUAUUGCAGCGGUAGUUCUUCAAUACAUGGAUCCCUUUGGGACUUCUAAACUGGUACUUUUUCAGGUGACCAAUAAUAGCGACACGUGGAGAGCCUUUGAGUUGGUUCCAUGGUUGGCUCUAGGAGUCAUUGGGGGAGUACUCGGCUCGCUUUUGAUAAAACUCAACGUCCAAGUCGCGUUAUAUCGGAGGAAUACCUUUUUGAACGAUUGGCCGGUUUUAGAGGUCGUCGGUGCGAGUGCUAUAACAGCUGCUAUAAGUUAUUUGGUGGUAUUCACUCGGGUCCAGUCUUCUGAAUUAGUGGCAAAUCUCUUUCAAGAAUGCAAACCUUUAAAAGUCGAUUAUCAUGGACUCUGCAAUCCCACGGCUAACGCAGAAAACAUCUUUCUUCUUGUGAUAACGGCUCUUCUCAAGAUAGCGUUUACCGCUUGGACCUUUGGUAUUAUGGUCCCCGCUGGUAUAUUCUUGCCAACGAUUACCAUUGGCGCUUGCCUUGGGAGGGCGGUUGGAAUAUUGACUCAGACAACACAAACCGCGUACGCGGGUACCUGGAUUUUCCAGUCUUGCCCACCAGAACCUACGGUGCGAUGCGUUUCCCCCGGGUUUUAUGCUGUGAUCGGUGCGUCUGCGAUGCUAGCCGGCGUAACGCGCAUGACGGUCUCUCUGGUGGUUAUCAUGUUCGAGCUGACCGGAGCACUAUCUCAUGUUCUUCCUAUAAUGAUCAGUGUUAUGACCGCAAAAUGGGUCGGCGACGCUCUUGGAAAGGACGGUAUAUAUACGGUUUGGAUUGCUAUGAGGGGUUAUCCAUGGUUGGCACCUGUCGAUUAUCACGAUCAAGGGGAAAGCGCGGCAGGGAUUAUGAAACCCGUAGAUGAGCUUGUGUUAAUUGAGGAUGGACAGUGCACGGUUGGGGAGCUCGAUGAUAUGAUCAAGACACAUCAGUAUCAAGGUUUUCCUAUCGUAGAACAACGGCGACUUGUUGGAUAUAUCACAAGAGAUACGCUCAAGUGUCACAUAGGUCGACACUUGUCGAGCGAAUCUCGACUCGGGAGAUGUUCGUUUUCGAAUAGGAACCACAAUGGCGAUGCCAUCGACUUUUCGGACGGUUUGGAGAAAUCCAUUCUCCAUCUGCGAAAGGAGACACCUCAAGAGUUGAUUGUUAGGAUAUUUCAAAGGACGAAUUUCCGAGAGAUACUUUUUACCGAUCGUGGAUAUUUGGUUGGGUUGGUGACGAAGAAGGAUAUUGUCGCGUUACUUACGAUGCAUUUUCCACACACCGGAUCGCUUUCGUAGACUUUAGCCUAUAUAAGGUUCCCGUUGUUACAUUAUAUG